AUGAAAUUUGCACUUGUUUUACUCUUAUCUCUGAUUACAUUUGCCGUGCCAACGGCAGCUGACCCCUUUCAGCCGAACAGCAAGCCCGGAAAGGAGUUGUUGGAUCUGACUGAAGAGAGAAUCAACCAGAAAAGCAACAGCUCCUAUUACCAGAAGAUUACCAAGUUCAUUGACGGUACAAUUGGCGCUGGAGAUUUGCUGUGGUUUGCCAAGUUUCGUAUCGAAAUGGCAGAUACUAACUGCUUGAAGUCUAGGGUAAGAAAAUCAUAGAGAUAUACCAGGAAGCCGGGAAAAUACUGAGCACUCUGUUGCAUCGAAAAUCGUAUCGCUGUGUAGAAAAUGAACCGUGUCGCAGAAAAGUGUUUAAAAAUGGUUUUCCCUUCAGCGACGCGAAAAAAACGUGGCAAUUAAGGCCGAAUUGAAGCCUUUGAGCCUCUGAAAACCAAAGCCAGUUAUAUGUACAGGCUUUAUUAUAAUUGCAGAAGGAUUGCAAGACCGCGGCGAAAGUGACCACCAAAAAGCGGCACUACUACAAGGUGGAGAUUGAUGUUGUUCCGCCCAGAAUCCAGCGGUCUCAGGUCUACUUCGAACCCAUUCCAAAGCCGGACGUGUCAGGAAAGUCGACCACCAUUUCGAUCAGCUAA